UAACUUUAAUUUAAUUUGAUUAAAAAUUUUUGAAAAUUGGGGGGAAGCACCUGGGUGGCUCAGUCAGUUGAGCUUCGGCUCAGGUCAUGAUCUCAUGGUUCAUGAGUUUGAGCCCUACAUAGCACUUUGCACUGAGAGCAAAGAGCCUGCUUUGGAUUCUCUGUCUCCCUCUCUCUUUCUGCUCCUCCCCUGUUCACGUAUGUGCUCACUCUCAUGCUCUCUCUCUCUCAAAAAUAAAAUUUUAAAAAUACACACACACACAUAUUGUGUGUGUGUAUAUUUUUAGCCUUUCUCUUUCCGUCAUCUUGGAGCCUGUGGAGGCCUUCUGGGAACAAGACUCUUAAAACAACAAAUAUGUCCAGAAGGCUGAGGUUCAAGGCCAUUUUUGCUGGCUAUAAGAGGGCCUCCAGAACCAGAAGGAGCAAUUUUAUUCUUAAAAUUGAAGGUAUUUAUGCUCUAGAUGAAACCGAAUUCUACCUAGGCAAGAGAUGUGCUUAUGUGUACAAAGCAAAGAACAACACAGUGACUCCUAGUGGCAAACCAAAUGAAACUGGAGUAAUCUGGGGAAAAGUAAUUCAAGCUCAUGGAAACAGUGGCAUGGUUCAUGCCAAUUUCCGAAGCAACUUUCCUGCUCAAGACAUUGGCCACAGAAUCCAUAUGAUGCUGUAUCCUUCAAGGAUUUAA